AGUCAGAAGGAAACAGCAGGGGAAGAAGAGAACUAUGGGGUCGCCAGUUGCUAGAGAGCUCUUUUCGCAUAAUGCAAAGGCAGGCCAUAGCCAGGCCAUUUGCCUGUUACAUGCCCCGAAGUCGUCGAGUGGGAUCUUCUUCGGGGACGACCCUCUGGACAAGAUCUUCGUGCUGUUCAUGGUGCAGAUGAUAGUGAUGAGCUUGGCCUCUAGGUUGGUUUACUUACUUCUCCGGCCUCUCAAGCAGCCCAAGUUUGUAUGCAACACUCUGGCGGGGAUUCUGAUAAGUCCUUACAUUACAGGCCGCAGGUAUAUCCUCCAAAAACACCCCUUCCCAAGAUAUGAGAUCAUAGUGCCCAAAGUUUAUGCUUAUUUUGGGAUGACCUACUUCCUCUUCCUCGUCUCGGUCAAAAUGGACUUGACUGUCAUCCGGAAGAACAUAAAGAAUGCGACCAUCAUCGGGUUCUCGAGCAUAUUGGGGUCCUUCAUAGUGGUGCUCGGCAGUUUGCUGGCCCUGCACCCCGAAGAUAUUCCCAAGGGUUUCCCUCAGUGCUUGAUGGCAGUCUUCCUGUCAUUGACCCGGUUCCCUAACGUGGCCUACACGUUCGAUGAGCUCAACAUCCUGGCCUCGGAUCUGGGUCAGCUUGCCAUGUCAUCCUCGAUGGUGAGCGAGUUCUUCUCAUGGUUGUGGAUCGUGAUCAGGAUAUACUACAGGCAGACCCUGAGCAUGCACUCCACCGGGGCCAUCCUGUCCACCAUAUUCUUUAUCACGUUCGUUCUCUUCGCGCUGCGACCCCUGAUACAAGCGCUGGUCAAGAAAGCCCCGGAGGGGAAGCCUGUUCAGGAGGUCUUUGUCGUGAUGAUCCUGGUUGGGGCACUACUGGGGGCCCUGCUUUCUGACUUCAUCGGCGCUCUUCAGAUAGGCGUCCUCUUUAUGGGUCUGGUAAUUCCCAGCGGACCUCCUCUAGGAUCCACUUUGAUCGAUAAGGCUGAGUUCAUCGUCAUGGAGAUCAUUUUCCCUAUGUUCUAUGUCGUUAUCGGGGCCGAAGUGGAUUUGGCCUCGGUAGGUUUGGAGGAUCUGGAACAAAUAUUGCCAGUGGUCUUCGUGGGGCUCAUAACAAAGUUCGCAGCAGGCAUGGGGGCCGCAUUGUUCUGCAGGCUCAAGUUACAGCACGCCAUGCUGCUCGGCCUAAUGUUAAACGUAAAAGGCCCUUUCGAUCUAUACACCUUCCUCAAGUGGCUUAGAGUAAAAGAAAUUGGGGGGAGACACUUCACUGUAUUAGUGAUAUCUCAGCUGGUAAUAACAGCGAUAGUCGCGCCUCUGAUAGACAUCAUGUACGGGUCGUACGUGCGAAUAAAUGCCGCCUCUGUUGAUAAGAGUAACAUGAGGGGGCUUCAUGUAACACCGAGGAACCACGAGCUGAAAGUCCUAUGCUGCAUCUACAACGAGGAGAAUGUCCCAGGCAUGGUCACGCUCCUCGAGGCCAUGAACCCCACCGAGACAGCCCCGCUGUCUGUGCACAUUGUCCACCUCCGAGAUCUCAUCGGGCGAGCUACCCCGAUGCUGGUCCCUUACGGGGACCAGCUCCGAAGGGUGAAAUCCAAACGGUCUUCCCACAUCAUGCAGGCAUUCGACAAUUACCUCAAUAACUCGAACGGCGCGAUAAAAGCGAGGGCCUACAGCGUGAUCGCACCCUUCAAGAACAUGCACGAGUACAUCUAUCGACUCGCCCAGGACGAGCUCAUCCCCCUAAUCAUCCUUCCGUUCCAUCAGAUGAUGACAGACAUCGACCAUGCGGAAGCCACCUCUUUGCGAAACUUUAACAUUAAAGUCCAGGAGCACGCCCCCUGCACGGUCGGGAUACUCGUGGACAAGGCCGUCAGCGACAGCAUGAGCCGCACAACGUUCCAGUACAGCAUCGGGGUGAUCUUUGUCUCUGGAGCCGACGACCGGGAGGCCCUGUCCCUGGCCAUCCGCAUGUCAGGCCACCCGAUGGUCUCCAUCACUGUGCUUCGGCUCGUCAUCAAGAGUCAAGACAUGGAUAGCAUCAACGUGUUAGAAAAAAGGCUCGACAUCCAACUGAUCGAGGAGUUUAAGCUCAAUACCGUUAAGAACGAGCGCUCCACGUACCUGGAAAUAGCAGUACAGGAUACCGAGCAGGGAUUCGCCCAGAUCCGCUCUCUAAGGGGCAAGCACAAUCUCAUAAUCGUGGGGCGUAAAAGAAAGGGGGCGAUGUCGGUGUUCGACGAGCAAAUGCUCAACUGGAGCGAGAAUCCGGAGCUCGGGGUCAUCGGUGAUUAUGUCUCGUCGGCAGACUUCUGUCACGGACAGACUUCGGUGUUGGUGAUGCAACACUAUAGUGAUGAUAUUAAAGGGUCGGGUCGUUAUAUCUGCGGGGACUACGAAGGAGAAUACCUCCUCCGGAGAUCAGUUUGUUGAUGACAAGCAACCCAAGGGCGUUGAUUUGGAAGAUUCAUCCUGUAUAGCAUAGCCAGCCCAAAUAUUUCUAAUCUGUACAUAGUCUCAAAUGCUAACGUUAAUUAGUUCGAACUUUUAUGCGACGUAAUUAGACUGCCCGGUAUGACCCGGGACGAGAAUUAAGUUCCUUAGAAUAUAUUUCUGAUCCAAUACAACCCAAAAGAGUUUCUGUUAUUCGGUUAAUUGAACCGAAAAAUUCGAGACUUAUGGUUUGAUUAUCUUUUUUUGAAAACAGUAAUUUCCAUAUGGAUAUGAUUUCGAAAUACAACAAAAAAAAGAAAAAAUCAAAUUCACGGUUUCCGUUAUAACUGUCCU